AUGAGGCGACACCCGCUGUCCCUAUAUCAUAUCCUUAACCUCCCCCCUGACGCAGUAGCAGCAGCAGCAGCAGCAGCAGUUGCUGCUGCUGCUGCUCCCCCUGCAGCAGCAGACAGCCCGGCAGCAGCCGCCACCCCUGCUGCUGCUCCGAAGCAACAAGAGCAGCAGCAGCAGCAGCAGUAUGACCAUCUCUUGCUGCAGCAACUGCUGCUGCACACCAAGGAGGACAAGCAGCAGCAGCUGCAGCAGCAGCAGCAACAACUGCAGCAGCUGAAGUUGGAGCAGCAGCAGCUGCUUCUGCACACCAACGAAGAACAGCAGCAGCAGCAGCAGCAGCAGCAGCAGCAGCAACUUCUUUCACCCGCAGCUCAAGGCACUUCAACGCAGCAGGCAAUACACCGCAGUCUAAGACGGCAGCAGCAGCAGCAACGGCAGCAACAGCAGCAGCAGCAGCAGCAGCAGCAGCAGCAGAUAAUUCAUCGUCGUGUUGCAGCAAGGCAGCAGCACGCACAAGAAGAGAAAAGAAGAGUCCAACAGCAGCGCCUGCUGCAGGAGGAGCAACGAAAGAAGCAGCAGGAGCUGCAGCAGCAGCAGGAGGAGCAGGAAUGGCUGCAGCAGCAACAGCAGCAGCUGCUGCAGCAGCAGCUAAGGGCUCUGCUGCAGCUGCAGCUGUCCACUGAACUUGAGCGCCAAAGCCAAGAGGCGGAGCAGCAGCGCCUAGUGCGGCAGCAGCAGCAGCAGCAGCAAAGCCUGCUGCGAGCAGCAGCAGCUGCAGCAGCUCUGGCAGACAAGAAGCGGCAGCAGCAGCAGCAGCAGCAGCAGCCGCUGCUGCGGCGGCUCAUGGUACGCAAGUUUGAGGAAGAGCGUGCGCAGCGUAUGAGAGAGGCUGCUGCUGCAGCAGAAGCCAAGAGGGCCCACGCAGCAGCAGCAGCGCCAGCAGCAGCAGCAGCAGCAGCGCCAGCAGCAGCAGCAGCAGCAGGAAGCAAAUUCAUCAGCACAGCUACUCGGAGGCGGCUGCUGCAGCGGCAGCAAAGCUGCAGCGCGAACAGCUACACUCACCUUGGGGACUUGUCCCACAGCGCGCAUCUUAGCGAGGGGCCCCCAGCAGCAGCAGCAGCAGCAGCAGCAUCGGAAGCAACAGCUGCAACAGCAGCAGCAGCAGCAGCAGCAGCAGUAGCAGCAGCACCAGUCUCAGGGGCUAGCGCAGCAGCAGCACGUGCGGCAGGCGCAGCAGCAACAGCAGCAGCAGCAGCACCAGAAGCUGCUGCUGCCUCCCAUUCAGCUGCAGACAGGACCAGCAAGCCGCAAGCUCGCCAGCAGCAGCAGCAGCAGCAACAGCAGCAGCAGCAGCAACAGCAGCAGCAGCAGCAACAGCUGCAGCACAGCUGCGAGGAGCAGCAGGAGUCAGAGGAGGAGUGGGAGCUGCAGCAGCUGCAGCAGCAGCACAAGUUGCUGCUGCGGCGGCUGGAGCUGCUCCAGCAGCAGAAGCAGCUUCUUGCUGCUCGUGUACCCAGGGCGUGGCAGCUGGGCAGCAGCAACAAACUUUCUGCUGCUGCUGCUGCUGCUGCUGCUGCUGCGGAUCAGGAGAACUUUGCAGCAGCUGCUGCACAACCUGAGUUGGGUGCUGCUGACGCACCUUCUAGUUCAGCGGCUGCUGCUGCUGGUGCUGCAGCAGCAGCAGCUGCUGCUGCUGCUGCUGCGCUUGCUGCUUCACCUGCUGCUGCUGCUACUGGCGCUGCUGCUGCUGCUGCUGCACCUGUUGCUGGCCGGCCUGCAAGGGUCUCCCCCAGCAGCUGGCUGCAGCAGCAGCAGUUCCCUGCAGGGUAUUCCAGCAGCAGCAGCAGCAGCAGCAGCAGCAGCAUCGGCGAUGGCAGCAGCUGCAGCAGACUAACCAUAACCAGAAGCUACACCACAACAGCAGCAGCAGCAGCAAACGCAGCAGCAACUGCUGCAGCUGCCGCUGCACCAGCGCCUUCGAGCACACCGCAGCAGCAGCAGCAGCAGCAGCAGCAGCAGUGGAGAGCAAAACCGCAGCAGCAGCAGCAGCAGCAGAGGAGUGAAGCUUUCUGGGCAGAACAGCAAAAGCGGCCAGCAGGUUGA